AUGGCGUCUAUCUUUCGAGACCGAACUCUAGGCCACUCCAAGAGAGAACUCACCACCAGAACUAGCACCACCACCAUGUCUACCAUUACUAUUUCAUCGCUCCCAUCCCCAUUCGGCGACCUCACACCAACUCUCACCACCACCGACCUCCGCGACACGGCCUAUGAGAUCUUCGUCGCCGCUUGCCGUACUUCCUUCGGCAAACCCCUCACCUACAUUCCCAACAGUUCCAGCUCCGAACGAUCUCCGUCGCCGUCGUCUCUUUCGAACACUCCGUCGAUGAAUAAAUCGCUGACUUCGACUGCGGCGAGUAAGAUGAAGAAGGCUCUGGGACUCCGAUCAGGCUCCAAUUCGGUUUCGGGUUCGAAGAUAAUUGAGAGUAGUCCGGGUUCGGGUGGGAAGGUGAAAAAGCCGGUGACGGUAGGAGAGCUGAUGAGGGAUCAGAUGAGGGUUUCGGAGACGAUGGAUUCAAGGGUGAGGAGGGCUCUUCUGAGGAUUGCUGCUGGGCAGGUUGGAAAGAGGAUUGAGUCAAUGGUUCUCCCAUUGGAGCUAUUACAGCAGUUCAAAUCUUCAGAGUUUACUGAUCAGGAAGAAUAUGAAGCGUGGCAGAAAAGAAAUCUGAAAAUUCUUGAAGCUGGGCUCCUUUUACAUCCUCAUAUGCCAUUAGACAAGUCCAAUACUUCUUCACAUAGGCUGCGGCAAAUUAUUCAUAACGCCUUAGGUAGGCUAAUAGAAACUGGGAAGAAUAACGAGUCAAUGCAAGUCCUUCGUAGUGCCGUAAUGUCUCUUGCUAGUAGAUCAGCUGAUGGAUCUCUUGUGGAGUCAUGCCACUGGGCAGAUGGUUUCCCUCUGAAUCUCCGACUCUAUGAAAUGUUGUUAGAAGCCUGCUUUGAUGCUAACAAUGAAAUAUCCAUUAUAGAGGAAGUUGACGAGCUUAUGGAACACAUAAAGAAAACUUGGGGAAUACUUGGAUUAAACCAAAUGCUCCAUAACCUUUGCUUUUCAUGGGUUCUAUUUAACCGUUUUAUUGCAACUGGACAAGUUGAAAAUGAUCUGCUAUAUGCUGCUGACAGUCAGCUAGCAGAAGUUGCAAAAGAUGCAAAGACAAUGAAGGAUCCCACAUACUCCAAGAUUUUGAGUUCUACAUUGACUUCAGUAUUAGGUUGGGCUGAGAAAAGGCUCCUUGCCUAUCAUGAUACUUUUGACAGUGGAAAUAUAGAUUCCAUGCCAAGCAUUGUUUCCCUGGGGGUAUCGGCAGCCAAAAUAUUGGUUGAGGAUAUAUCCAAUGAGUAUCGCAGGAGAAGGAAAGGUGAAGUUGAUGUGGUUCGUAGCAGGAUUGACACUUACAUCAGGUCAUCACUUCGCACAGCUUUUGCUCAGAAAAUGGAGAAGGCAGAUUCAAGCAGAAGGGCUGCAAGAAACCAUCCAAACCCUCUUCCUGUCCUUGCUAUCCUUGCAAAGGAUGUUGGUGAGCUGGCAGUUAAUGAGAAGGAGGUAUUCAGUCCUAUACUGAAGAGAUGGCAUCCUUUUGCUGCAGGUGUGGCUGUUGCCACUCUUCAUGCUUGUUAUGGGAAUGAACUGAAGCAAUUCAUUUCGGGUAUUACGGAAUUAACACCAGAUUCUGUACAAGUGUUGAGAGCUGCUGAUAAGUUGGAGAAAGAUCUUGUGCAGUUUGCUGUUGAAGAUUCAGUGGACAGUGACGAUGGGGGGAAGGCAAUAAUCCGUGAGAUGCCGCCUUAUGAAGCUGAAGCUGCAAUAGCCAACCUUGUGAAAGUGUGGAUGAAAAUCAGACUGGACAGACUGAAGGAGUGGAUUGACAGGAAUCUCCAACAAGAGGGAGAGGACAUCUUAUUAAUCAAGGCAUCAAUUGCGACUUAUCGAGGUUUGCAACGGGAACUUGUUCUACGAGGAAUCUUCUCUUCAAUUUCUGUGGCAGUAUUUUGUAGAUUGCCUGCGAGGCAUGCUGUCACUUAAACGCAUGGGAUCUCCUAUAUUGGAAAUGGUUGGCAAACUUUCCCUAUCCCAUUGGGAGCCAAUUUGCCAAGUAUGUCCAACAGGGAGUUGUGGCCCAGGGAAUGUAAAGGAAGUUUCUGAUGGGGCAAGGUUCUGUUAGAAGGAAGGAUUUAAGGUGGGAGCUGGGAGGACAUUUUAUUUUGGAUGGAUAUUGGGUGCGACAAUACCAUUAUUUGUGCAAAUUCACUGAUUUUUUUUUUGAGAUUCAAGCUGUUGCCGAAGCCUGGAAUUAGGACUUUGAACAUAUAGUUGACUAUCAAUAAUGUGGGACUCAUGAUCUUGAAAUUCAUUAAUCUAACUAAAUUUUUUUUCUGGUCUAUAAUUUUGUAAAAUCAACUAAAAAUUCCUUAAUAUUCUACAAGCAUUCAUACAAUUCCAUAUAAAAAAUGCCAAAAAAUUUAUAAAAAUAAAUAUUUUCUGUAUAUAAUACAAAUUCAACAGGUUUUGUUGUGAAUAAAUCAAAUUAUUCAUGUGUGACACUAAUCUGAACUUUUGAUUUUCUGUAUUACUAGGUCAUGUCAUUUUUUGGUUCGCAUUAAGAAUUGGUAACACUAACCUGCUUAUUUCACAGCAGUAUCAUGUUUUGUAAAAAAUUGUCACCCCCGAUAAUUAAUAAUCAUAAUAUAUGACAGUUAAUAAUCAGCAUAUCUUAUUGACAAUUUGUAGUAAGAACAUAUAAAUACAAUUGUCAUCCUCUUCAACCAUCUUCUUUGGUAAAACAUUUACAUCCUCUUCAACCAACUUCUAAUUGAAAUUUUGACAUAAUCAAUCUUAAUAAUUAUAUGUUAAAUUUCUAAAUUUUAAUUCUCAUGUCUUAAUCAUGACCAAAGAAGUCUUGAACAUGUCACAAAAAGAAUAUCGAACACUUGUCGAAAGCAAGAUCUUUAUUUCCUUACUAUGUACUUUUCAAAAGGAGUGUUGGACAUGUGUUUGAAAAGUGUCAUUAGAAGACACGUGUCCAAAAGGGAAGUCACCUUAGAAAUGUAUGUGCUUCUUAGUGGGUAGGCAAAGUGUAAAGGAUUUGGAAAGGUGAAUGCCUUGGAAUUUCACUUCAAGUAAAAGACCAAUUAUAAAACUUAUUGUAUUAGGCUAUAAAUAGAUUGCAGACCACUUAGCUUCUCUUGAGGAUAUUGGCCCCUAUUGUUGGACAUCCAUGUCUAGUUCUAUUCUCUUGGUUAGAGAAUUUUGUGUAACCUCUUUUUGUUGAUAGUGAAACUUUGUCACUGAGAUUCGCCUGCAGAUAUAGGCUUUCGAGUCGAACCACACAUAUUUGUGUGUUUUGUAUUUUUUUUUAUUUUAUUCCGUUUAUUGUUUGUGGCCUUUGUUCAUUACAAAUUGU